AUGAUCCAGACGAACGUGAGCUUGCCGUCGGGAAGUGCCGCCAAGGACGCCGGCGGCCUUCGCGCCUUUGCUCUGCUUAUCGACGAUGACGACGACGACGACGCCUACAACAGCUCAUAUCAAGCAUCUCCACAGUACAGCCUAAAGGACCAGCACUUCACUUCCAGCCUCCUUUCCCCGGGCCGAACCACUCUAGGCGCUUGCGGGGGCCCAGCUCCCGCCACCACGGCGCGCAAUUUGCUCCACCUAGAGCUCCCUCAAGAAACCUCACCCUCGACUACGUCAUCAUCCCAGAUAUCGGGACCUCUAACACCAACCGGACCCGAGGGCCACUCGGCUCCAGCCGCAAUGUCGCGCGCAGCUGAACCGCAGCGUUCCCCUUGUGCGACUUGCUCCGAGACCACCGUGCUGCAGCCAACCAGCCAACAACCACCACCAGCACCACAACCAGCACCAACAUCAACACCAGCACCAGCACCAGCACUAGGACCACUGCCGUCAACGCCGACGCCUCCAAGUCUAUACAUGGAGCCAGUACCAGCCACGCCUGCCGCCGCCACCACGAUUGCCGCCGCGGUGCCGGAUCGUGCUACCGGGCCUUUCUUUGGCACUGGCGCUCACUUCCCUAACGUACUGUAUCCCACUCCCACGACGGAACCCCGGCCACACCAAAGCUCCAGGGAGCCCCUGGUGCCGCAGGAUCCGGUUUCGGAGCGGGACUGGCGCCAACAACGCGACGGCCAUGCGCGCGUCUGGUUGCGUGCGAUCUGGAUGACAUCGUAUUUAUUGGACUGGGUGCUGGCGGCUGGUCUGCUGGUGUUCGACUUCAUGGUGCCGCUCAAGACCAUCCAACCCAUCAACCGCUUCGCCACGCCGGGCGACCCAGCUCUGAGCUACCCCCGUCGCUCCGACACCAUCCCCACCUACGCGCUGUUGGCCAUCAGCCUGGGGGGCCCCACAGCCGUGUUCCUCCUCACAGCACUGGCUUCCGGACAGCUGGUACUGCUGCAUCACGGGUUACUGAGUCUUGCGGAGGGCACUGCCGUACUUGUACUUUUCAAGCACUGCCUCAACCUGACGGGUGUCUACCGACCCGACUGGUUCGCGGAUGUGGCCACAGGUGACCCACGGGUCGUUUCCGACGGCCGUAUGGCCUACCCUAGCGGCCACGCAGGCCUCAGCGCCACCGCCGCCGCCCUGCUGUCCCUGUUCUUGGCGGGUCACAUCGGGCUGUUCUCGGGAACACGAAAGACGGGUCAGUUCGCUCUGGCGCUUGUGUGCGGCAGUCCCCUGGGUGUGGCGGCGUUCAUAGCGGCUACCCGGGUGGUCAACUACAAGCACGCACCCGCCGACAUCAACGCCGGAGCUGCGAUCGGGCUGCUGUGCGGCACUGGGGCCUACCUGCUCAACUUCCACAGCCCGCUGGGUCACCUGUCCGGGGUACCUCGCCUGCACGGCAACACCAACAACACCAACAACAACAGCAACAGCCGCCCCAACACUAUGGGUUACCGCGGCAAUGACGACUUCACCGCAGUUGGCGAUGGCAGCAGCCCCAGGUACUGGCCUCCAUUCUUCUACCAGCGCCAGCACCACCAGCAACCACCGCGGCAACACGGCGGCGGCAGCAGAGGCGGAAGAACUCGCACGCCGUACGAUGCUCCCGAAUCUGAAAGGCGUGGGGUGUCUGGUGGCGGUGGCGUUGUUGCCGGGGCGCCUUGCGAGCCCUGGGAUGUGGUGGAGCUAGUUAGCGAUGCUAAUGCUGCUGGUGGUGGUGGUGGUGGUGGUAUCGGUAGGAGGGAUGUCGCUGCUGGUGGGUUACUUCCUGCGGGGUUCCGGACCGCGGAGCCGCUUGCGUAG